CACAUCCCCUUCCCUUUUGACGCCUGCUACGUUAGACUACCCUCCCCUUAGCAACAGAAGAAAGAUGGCGGCGCCCUGUAACUCUAAUCAUUCUCCCGAGAUAUCGACGCCGUUAAAGAUGCCGAAAACAGAAGUUCCAUCACCAGAAUCAGAGGAUUUGAGUGACAGCAACCAAUAUCAUUCCAAUCCCUCCACACCUAAUCGAUUCUCGCCUCUCAACGUAGGAAUGACGAUUUCUGGGAGCGCAGGCCGAAGUGGAUCGGCCUUUGCCUCAAAUAGCUUCACAGCUUGCCGAGGGAUGUCGUGGACCCCAUCCGAAACAAACGCCCUUAUUGCGGUGUGGGGCAAUGAAAGACUGACGGAGGCACGAAUGCAGCAAUUGGAGGUUGCAGGCACCGUUUUUUCUGGAAAGGCCCCUGGUCCCGCAAUGUACGAGCGGGUCUCACGAGCCCUAGCAGAGCUCGGCUACGAAAGGACCCCAUCCCAAUGCAGGGAGAGGAUGAAGGUAAUGGGGGACAGAACACUGCGCCGGUGCUAUAGCAGAGUGAAGGAGCAUGGCGUCGGCAAGAGGAAGAGUAGCUACUCCAUCGAGCAGCUGGAAAAGGUGUUUGGCCAGGGAGGCUGGGACUCCCAGACGUGUGCCCCCGUCCUCAUCAACAGUAGUGGCCUGUACCAGGAGAUGGAGUCUGACGGCAGCACUAUGGAGGACUUCUCCCAGGAAGACUGGUGCAACCAGGUGCUGGCCUCCGCCUUCCAGGAGGGAGAGAUGGAAACUGAGGAAACACAGCCGCCAAAGAAUGCCAGUGUACUGCAGCUUCGACCUGAGCCCUCGGAGCAAGUUCAAAAACAGGAAGUGAUGCAGAAUGUGGUGCGCAUCCUGGAGUCGGUACAGGUGAAAUGGGAGCACUUUCAGACGUGGACCGACUUCUCCAGAUUGCACCUCUCCAACAAGCUGGCCAUCUUUGGCGUGGGCUACAACACACGCUGGCACGAGGACGUCUGCUACCACUACGCCGAGAUCAGCUCCCAGGUUCCCCUGGGAAAGCGGCUGCGCGAGUACUUCAAUCCGGAGAAGGCAGAGGGCCGUGUCAUCAUGACCAAAGUGCAGAAGAUGAACUGGAAGAACGUUUAUUAUAAGUUCCUGGACAUCACCAUUAGCGAGGCGCGCUGCCUGGAGCUGCACAUGGAGGUAGACUGGAUCCCAAUAGCCCAGUCAAGGGUGACGGGCUGUAGCAACGGGGCCUCCCAGUACCUCCUACCCGGGGGAAUCCCUAAGACUUAUGGCCUUUAUGCCAUCGGUUACGAGGAGGUGUCAGCGGAGACAGACUACAUAGGGGAAGAUGAGGCCCCAGACUCUCCGCUGCAGCACCAAGACUCUGACCAGAGCUUGCCUCUCUCUGGAUCGUCGGGCUCUGGCGGGUCUGGGUUCGAGAGUGUGGUGGGCCCAGGUGGGAGAGUGGGGGAGGGGGAGAAGACGGGGGCCAAAGUGACCUACUGCUACCUUGGCAUCGCGGAGGAGAGGACCCUACAGCAGUGUCUGUUCCAGCACUUUCAGAGCUCAGGCAAGCACUACAGCCGCAGGCAGCCCUCGGCCGUCACACGCUUCCUCCAGGGGAACUGCAGGGGCACCGGGCAGCAAGCCAGGGAAGAGGGCCUCUCCAUGGGCCCUGAACGCUCGGCCAUUUACAUCAAAUUUAUCGAGGUGGAGCUAGAUUUCCUCUCCGCUGGCUCCCUGGUGGAAUGUCUAGAAAUUGCAGUUGGUUACUCCUUAAAGUACAACAAAGUGACGUUGUAACGUAUGUUGUUUCGAUUCCCAUUGACUGAAGGAUUGAAAGAGGGCCAGAGGGACAUGCAGUAUCUCUUUCCCCCAAGUGCAGACCUGAGUUCAAAUACUAUUUGAAAUAUUUUUGAGUACUUAAUCUGGGCUUGAUUGAGCUUGCCUGGGACAAUGGAAACAAUAGAAUAGUCGCAAAACUGCAAACCCCACCGACCUGACACCAGGCAGGACAAAGCAAACACCCAAAAAUAUUUUAAAGAUUUAAAAUAGUGUUUGAACCCUGGUCUGUAUACACGCUAUCUUAUCAGGGAAUGUGAGAGGGAAUGGCUAGUGCUGGAUGCAUUUCCCUACCUCGAGGAUAUAGCAGUGGAUAUAUAUUAAAAGAUUGUGUGUGCGCUUGUUUAAAAACUGCCUUUACAUUUCUUAGACUUUGGAUGUCUAUCUUCAGGUCUAAAUUGCCACAUAAAGAUCCAGGGGUAAAGAUCAUGUAAGGAAUGUGAACUAAUUGAAAAGAGGACCUAAAGGGGAAAUAUUAAUGAAUAUAUAAAAUAUUGAAGAUCUCUAUAUAGAAAUAUAUAUUUAAGAAUAUAUAUUGAUGUUGUCAAGCAUUCCAGUAUUUGCAAAUAUAUGACAUUCAAAGAAGUAUGUUAAUGUUUUGGUGUUUUAUUAUAUAUAUAUAUAUUUUAUUAUUGGUUAACAGUUUUUGCGUAAUAUUGUUUCCAGGUCACAGUCUUGUAUGUUUACAUGUUUAGAAAAAACAAUAAACGGGGCACUGACCGUCAUUUGCCACUCACCAAUUA